GAAGAAAGAUAAUUCGGACUGGGCACAAAAGAAUAUAGAAAUAUUGCUUAAAAUGUCUCCAUCUUCUCUCAAAAUCACCAAAAAAGCGAUUGAUGAAGGAAAAGAAAAAUCUUUAGCAGAUUGUUUAAAGACCGAAUAUAGAUUGGCAUGUACUGCUUUAACCAGAGAUGGUGAUUUCUAUGAAGGUGUCAGAGCUCUUCUAGUUGACAAAGAUCAGAAACCGAUAUGGAAGCCAUCAUGUUUGGCCGAUGUAACGGAUGAAUAUGUAAAUAAACGAUUCGCGACAUUUCCUGCAGAGAAGGAAUUACAGUUGUGAAC